AUGCUGGAGGUAUUUUAUUUCGAAUACUGUUACAUACGGACGACAAAACUGACAGUUUCCCCGAAACCUGGAAUUUCGGAAGUGACUCCAAAACCGACUAAAUAUCACUAUUACCCACACAAUCAACAUAUUUAUCUUUUACCGGAAUGCGCCAUACAACAGGUUUGCAAUGCUGUUUACGUUCGAUUGAACUACACUCAACCAUUGUGUGCUUGUCCGUCGCGAAAAGAACCCUGUUCCGCUAGCCUCAAUGCAGAUGAUCAACAUACGACAGAACUCGUGACAGCAAACAGCAAAAAAGUAAUAUAA